ACCAAAACCAGACCUCCCUCCAUCCAUUAAAGAGCCUACCCAAAACCACCUUCAAAUCCUGUCCAUGGCCAUACUCGGCCACCGCUCCCGUCUUCUUCACCUCACUUUUCUCUUCCUCGCCACCAUCUUCAACUCCAACUGCUCGCUUUCCCUCUCGUCUCCGACGCCAAACCAGCAGCUCCUCCUGCUCCCGCUCAAAACCCAGCACGUCCCGCACCCCUCCUCGUCCCUCCCGAGAACAAGAGCCUCCGCCGCCGCCGGCGGUAGCAAGCUCCCCUUCCGCCACAACGUCACCCUCACCGUCUCCCUCUCCAUCGGGACCCCGCCGCAGCCCGCCACCAUGGUCCUAGACACCGGCAGCGAGCUCUCCUGGCUCCGCUGCAGCUCCCCGACCUCGCAGCAGCCCGUCUUCCGCCCGCUCGCCUCCAAGUCCUACUCCACCGUCCCCUGCUCUUCCCCGACCUGCGCGGAACGGACCCGAGACCUGCCCUUGCCCGCUUCCUGCGACGCGAGCAAGCGCUGCCACGUCGUCGUGUCCUACGCCGACGCCUCCUCCGCCGAGGGCACCCUCGUGUCGGACACCCUCCUGAUCGGCCCGUCGGCUCGGCCCGGUUUCCUGUUCGGGUGCAUGGAUUCGGGCCAGAGCAGCAGCCCGGAGGAGGACGCCAAGACCACCGGGCUCAUGGGCAUGAACCGCGGGUCCCUGUCCCUCGUGACCCAGAUGGGAGUGGGCAUGUUCUCGUACUGCAUCUCGGGCCUCGACUCCUCCGGCGUCCUGCUGUUCGGGGACGCGGGCUUCGAUUGGGUCGGGCCCCUGAACUACACCCCGUUGGUCCAGAUCUCGACCCCGUUGCCCUACUUCGACCGGGUCGCGUACACGGUCCAAAUGGAGGGCAUCAAGGUCUCCGGCAAAGUCCUGCCCCUCCCGAAGUCCGUGUUCGAGCCCGACCACACCGGGGCGGGCCAGACCAUGGUCGACUCGGGCACCCAGUUCACCUUCCUCCUCGGACCGGUGUACACUGCGUUAAAGAACGAGUUCUCAGGACAGACUCGGGGCACGCUGAGAGUCCUGAACGACCCGAAUUUCGUGUUCCAAGGGGCGAUGGACCUGUGCUACCUCGUCCCUUCGGCUCGGCCCGAAUUGCCCGAACUGCCGGAGGUGAGGCUGGUUUUUCGGGGGGCCGAGAUGAGCGUGCCGGGCCGGAGGCUACUGUAUCGGGUGCCCGGGGAGAGGAGGGGGAGUGAUUGGGUGUAUUGCUUCACAUUCGGGAACUCUGAUCUGCUGGGCGUAGAGGCGUUUGUGAUCGGUCAUCACCAUCAGCAGGACAUGUGGAUGGAGUUCGAUUUGGAGAGGUCAAGGGUCGGGUUCGCUGAGGUUAGGUGUGAUCUUGCUAGUCAACGGCUUGGCUUAGGUUAGGGGCGGGGUGUGGUGUAGGUCAACCUAGAGUGGGACCAAAUAGUCCACAUUGUUUCUUGAUAUGAGGCGGCCACAAUUUUAUUACAUGAUCGAUCCAUAAUUUGAAUCGAUAUUAUCUGAAUCAAUAAUCAUGAGAGUCUUAACAUGAGGCAUAACUGAUCCACAUGGACUUAGUAUACAUGUUUUAUAGAUUACUCGAUAUUCUUUUCAAAAAAAAAAAGUUGGGCGAUGCAAGAGGAAGGGGAUGCUAUUUAGGUAGAGAACUUUGACUGUUAUACAAUUCGUGCAAAGUUUCGAUUUUAGGUUAUCAUCAAUGUAUGUUGAGUGCAUUUUAGAUGAUUAUUUUUCUAAAUCGAGAGUAAUCACCCGGAUAAUUGUUGUAAUAUGCAUUGAGAAGAGGUUUUAUAUACCAUGCAUCAUGUAAGGUUUAUACA